AUGUCCCCAUUAAAAACAGAUAAUAAUUCUCUUUUGAAGAAUUCACCAUUGAAUUUUGACAUCUUACCGAAAAUAUUUGAACAUUUUUUCAUUUGUUCACAAACCGAAGAUAUUAAAAUUGCUCACACUUUAUUCAGUUGUGCGCUAGUAAACAAACAAUGGUGUAAUCUAGCGUUACCACUCCUUUGGAGGGAUCCGUUUCGAUUUACCCUCAUCGCAAGGAAGGACUCUAAUGAUAAUGCGGGAGAAAUGGUUUCUACGUUAUUGAGUUGUUUAACCAGAGAAGAAUGUCAACAAUUUUCUUCGAUUAUAAAGAAAUACAUUCCUAAAUUAACCAACAUUCCUCCGAUAUGUAGGAGAUACCCCUUCUUUAAUUAUCCUAACUUUAUUAAGAACUUGCAUACAAAAGGAUUAAUCAACUCUGCGUUAAAUUGGUUCGAAAAUACCUUUAACAUAAACGGAUUGAACAUCACCACUUCUUAUUCUACUGGUUCGCUCAAAAGUAUUACGUCAUUAAACGGAUCAAAUAGUUCUCUAAGUUUAAAUAAUAAUGAUCCUUCCAAUUCCGAUAACAACAACGCGUGGGACAAAAAUGAAAAAAGGAUAUUUGUAGAACAAAUUAUUCAAUGUUUGUUACAAAUGCUCGUCGAAAGAGAUAAUCAUUUUAAAACUGUUUACGUUGAGAAGGUAGAAGGGAACGACAAGUUUUCUUUUACUAGAUGUUUUUUUAAAGAUCAGUUCGUCAAGUCUUUUAAUCAAAUUCAAAAAUUGGACAUACAUGAAAUGGAGAUUACCGGAUAUCCUGACAUGUUAAAUGUUUGGAAAGACUUUUCCAACUUAACUUCGCUUUCGAUAACGAUGCAAUGUCCAACAGAUAAUUAUUCAAAUCUAUCACAAAUCUUACAAUCUACAAAUACGACGAAACAUUUACGUAAAUUGAAGCUCUAUUCCGGAGAAACAAAAUACAUAUUGCCACUUUUAUCACCAAAGUACUCUUCAUCAAUUCAACACCUCAUAUUUGAAAAGAUUCAAUUGGAUACAUCUGACGCUUGGCACCUCCUGUCCAAUUUUACUAAAUUAAGUAAAAUGAAAUUCAUUCAUUGUUGGAUUAAUCCAAUUGAUAAUAAGCAGCAAAUAUUUUCUAUUAUAACCCAAACUCCUAUGCAGUUUAAUCAUCUCAAAUUGUUUGUUUGGGUUGACAAUGAGGGUAGUGGGUUGAGCUUUGAGGAUGAUGCUAAGAGUGAACUUGUACUUUGGGGUAUGCAACAACAUGCUAUUGUUGCUUUGGAAAAUCUUUGUUUGGAAAACGCUAGAAUUUAUCAUGAAUCUAUUAUUAACGGUAAGUAUCUUCUUACUUUAUGA